AAACUGAGUAAAACAUUCGAGUUUUACUGCAAUGUCGAUUUUAAGUUUUCCAAAGAUGCAAGGACCAAAGACUCUCUAUUGAAUUCACUCGUCAAAAUAAGGAAAAUAUUUUAUAAAUACUUACAUCUUGAGUGAAAAAAAUAUACAAGGGAAAAAUAAUAUAUAUAACAUUUUUCUCGCAACUGAGACGAAACCAUGUCAAUAACUGUAGGGGUAAGUGACUGAUUUGGAGGCAUUUUGUAAUUUUGUGGUGUGGAAAUGAAUAAUGCAGGAAUGGGAUGGACCUACACUGUUGAGACGAAGAAGAAGAAGAAGUAGCCGUUGGGACAUUGGGGUGCGUACAGCAACAAAAAUAUUGAAGAGAACAAAAAACAGUGCAUAGUUGUGAGCAAAAACUAGCCGUUUGUCUUUGCAAGAAAACUAAGAAGCCUUUGUACCACCUGACAUUUUUCCUCUCUCUUCCCAACACAAAGAUUCCUCAACCCAUCACGUGCUCCUUCUCACUCUUCCCAUUCUUACUUAAUCUUCAUCACACUCUUGUUCCUCCUGUUUUAUUUUCACUCUCUUCUCUCUCUACACUACUCUUAUGGACAUUUACACUACUACUAGAGAGAAGAACACCCACCAAAGUCUUUUACUUUUUCUGUUUUAAGCCCACUUCUUGUUUCUUUCAUUGUUCAUCUUUUGUUGUAAUGGAGAACAAGUACCUGACUUCAAAAUGUGUUUUUUACCAUGGCCCAUGUCAUUAUUUUGGGUUGUUUUUCUGCUGCAUCUUGUGUUUGUGGUUUCUUCUGCUGCCAGUGUUGGGUGAAGAGCGCUGGGAUGGAGUGGUUGUGACACAGUCAAAUUUCUUGGCACUUCAAGCAUUCAAGCAAGAGUUGGUUGAUCCAAAAGGGUUAUUGAGAAGCUGGAAUGACAGUGGCUAUGGAGCUUGUUCUGGAGGUUGGGUUGGGAUCAAGUGUGCUCAAGGACAGGUUAUUGUAAUCCAGCUUCCAUGGAAGGGAUUGAAGGGGCACAUCACUGAGAGGAUUGGCCAACUUCAGGGGCUUAGAAAGCUUAGUCUUCAUGAUAACCAAAUUGGUGGUUCAAUCCCUUCAGCAUUGGGUCUUCUAAUCAAUCUAAGAGGGGUUCAACUCUUCAACAAUAGGUUCACAGGGUCCAUUCCUCCUUCAUUAGGUUCCUGUCCUUUGCUUCAGUCUUUAGACCUCAGUAACAAUUUGCUCACAGGGGUAAUCCCUUAUACCCUUGGCAAUGCCACUAAGCUUUAUUGGCUUAACUUGAGCUUUAACUCUCUCUCUGGUCCAAUACCUACCAGCCUAACUAGUUUAUCUUCUCUCACCUUCUUAUCCCUUCAACACAAUAAUCUCUCAGGCUCUAUUCCAAACUCAUGGGGUGGUAGCUUGAAGAACCGCUUCUUUCGGCUUCAAAAUCUAAUCCUAGAUCACAACUUCUUGACUGGAAGCAUUCCUUCUUCUUUGGGCAGCUUGAGCGAACUCAGAGAGAUUUCUCUUAGUCACAACCAAUUUAGUGGACCUAUACCAAAUGAAAUAGGAAGCCUUUCUAGGCUUAAGACAAUAGAUUUUUCUAAUAAUGCCUUAAAUGGAAGCUUGCCAACCACACUCUCCAAUGUAUCCUCACUCACUCUAAUGAAUGUAGAUAACAACCACCUUGGCAAUCAAAUCCCAGAAGCUUUAGGCACUUUGCGUAAUCUUUCUGUUCUAGUUUUGGGCAGUAACCAAUUUAGUGGCCACAUUCCUCAAAGUAUUGGAAACAGUACAAAGCUUACUCAGCUUGAUUUGUCACUGAAUAAUCUCAGUGGAGAAAUUCCAUCCUCCUUCAACAAUCUAAGUAGUCUAAACUUCUUCAAUGUUUCUCAUAAUAGCCUUUCUGGUCCAGUUCCAACUCUACUUGCCCAUAAAUUUAACUCAAGUUCAUUUCUAGGAAAUAUUCAACUAUGUGGAUACAGCCCUUCAACCCCGUGUCCCUCACCAGCUCCUUCUGAAGGAUCAGGAGGAAUCCAUGGUGUACCUUCUGAAACAUCAAAGCACCACCAUCAUAAGAAACUAGGCAUCAAAGACAUAAUCCUCAUAGUAGCAGGAGUGCUCCUUGUAGUUUUGGUAACACUUUGUUGCAUCCUACUCUUCUGCCUGAUCAGAAAAAGAGCAACAUCAAAUGUAGAGGGUGGCCAAGCCACAGGGAGAGGGGCUGCUGCUGCUGCUAGCAGGACCGAAAAAGGAGUUCCUCCUGUUGCAGGUGAAGGUGAAGCAGGUAGUGAAGCUGGUGGAAAACUAGUCCAUUUUGAUGGGCCAUUAGCUUUUACUGCUGAUGAUCUCUUGUGUGCAACAGCAGAGAUAAUGGGAAAGAGCACCUAUGGAACUGUUUACAAGGCCACAUUAGAGGAUGGAAGUCAAGCAGCAGUGAAACGAUUGAGGGAAAAGAUCACUAAAGGUCAGAGGGAAUUUGAAUCAGAAGUUAGUGUUCUUGGCAGAAUUCGACACCCAAAUCUUUUGGCAUUAAGAGCCUAUUACUUGGGACCCAAAGGAGAAAAACUUCUAGUUUUUGAUUACAUGCCCAAGGGAAGUCUUGCAUCUUUCCUACAUGCUCGUGGGCCUGAAACAGCAAUUGAUUGGCCAACAAGGAUGAAAAUAGCACAGGGCAUGGCUCGUGGCUUGUUUGACCUUCAUUCCCAUGAGAACAUAAUACAUGGGAACCUUACGUCCAGCAAUGUGUUGCUGGAUGAGAACACGAACGCUAAAAUAGCUGAUUUUGGUCUUUCUCGGUUGAUGACAACUGCUGCUAAUUCUAACGUGAUUGCUACUGCUGGAGCAUUGGGAUACCGAGCCCCUGAGCUUUCAAAGCUUAAGAAAGCCAACACAAAAACUGAUGUGUACAGUCUUGGUGUUAUCUUGUUAGAACUCCUAACGGGGAAGCCACCUGGUGAGGCUAUGAAUGGCGUUGAUUUACCUCAGUGGGUUGCCUCUAUCGUCAAAGAGGAGUGGACAAAUGAGGUUUUCGAUGUAGAGCUGAUGAGAGAUGCUUCAACAUAUGGUGACGAGUUGCUAAACACGUUGAAACUUGCUUUGCAUUGUGUUGAUCCCUCUCCAUCAGCACGACCAGAAGUUCAGCAGGUCCUCCAGCAGCUAGAAGAGAUUAGACCAGAAAUAUCAGCCAGUUCUGGUGACGAUGGAGCCAUCCCUUCGACCAGUGAAUAA